AUAUUGGCAUACCAUAGGCGCAUUGUGAUUUGUGAUACUGGGGUUGCAAUCUGCAGACUGAACCGUGUGCGUUUAGCCAUGGAAUCACCGCCGAAACGGUGUCGUUUCCUCCUUGUCGUUGAUUUGCCUCUAAGCCUUCCAAUCGUCAAGCAUUGAUACGUCAACUGUUUAUACAUUUGAACCCUCCAAUUAGAGCUGAAUUGUAGUACGUACAAAACAAAAGAAAAAAUGUCAGGAUUUGAAAUUCGGGUCGAAAAAUCUCAUCCGGUUUUACCAUCGAAGAACUCGGUUUUCUAUUCCGGUGGAUUGUUCCUGGAUGCCGGUUCAAUUCCUUCUUCAGUUAUCAAUACGGUUUGCGGUGAAGUUCGUUGUUACAGUUGCCCGGCGUACUCGAGGAGAAAACGGGGCGAUUUUCUGUGUUUGAGCUUGUCUGUUAAGGGGAAAGAUGAAGCAAUUAUCAAUUCGAAUGAAUGUGCGGCGGCGAGUGAGGGUAAGGAUGCGUUUGGGGCUGCGGUGAAGUCGGAAAGAAGGGUGAAGAUUAGGUUAAGGGGCCGAGGCAGCGGCGCCAUGAACACCACCAAGCAUUUGUGGGCUGGGGCCGCCGCCGCCAUGGUUUCUAGAACUUGUCUUGCUCCGCUCGAGAGGCUAAAGCUGGAGUAUAUAGUUCGCGGCGAGACGAGUAACCUAUACAAUCUUGUCAACAGAAUAGCUACAACACAAGGCCUCAGAGGCUUUUGGAAGGGGAAUUUUGUUAAUAUACUUCGCACUGCUCCUUUCAAGGCAAUUAAUUUCUGUGCUUACGAUACGUACAGAAAGCAGCUUCUCAGAUUAUCUGGAAACCAAGAAACCACAAAUUCCGAGAGAUUUAUCGCUGGUGCCGCUGCUGGUAUGACAGCUACAGUGCUCUGCUUGCCGCUUGAUACUAUCCGGACCAGGCUGGUGGCACCUGGUGGAGAAGUAUUGGGUGGCGUGAUUGGAGCUUUCCGACACAUUGUACAAAAUGAAGGGGUCUUUUCUCUAUACAAGGGGCUAUUGCCUUCCAUAUUAAGUAUGGCACCAUCCGGCGCUGUUUUUUACGGUGUCUACGACACAUUGAAAUCAGCCUAUCUGCAUUCACCCGAAGGGAGAAAAAGAAUUGAGAAUAUGAAACAACACGAUCAGGAACUGAGCGCUUUUGAGCAGCUGGAAUUAGGACCAAUCAGAACUUUAUUACACGGUGCUAUUGCUGGUGCUUGUGCGGAAGUUGCUACUUACCCUUUUGAGGUGGUCAGAAGGCAGCUCCAACUGCAAGGCCGAGCAACUAAAUUGAGUUCAUUAGCAACGUGUAUCAAGAUAGUUGAACGAGGUGGUGUUCCUGCUCUUUAUGCAGGUCUUCUUCCAAGCUUAUUACAGGUACUGCCUUCGGCUUCAAUAAGCUUCUUUGUGUACGAGUUCAUGAAGAUCGUCCUUAAGGUGGAAUGAAUCGCAAAACUCCUUUUAACAGGUUAGGAAAUUCUCGGAUACUUAGACUAUUGAUUGGUGAACAACAAACAACGGUAGGAAUUAAAUGUCAUUCACGCUGCUUUUAUUGUUCAUUUGAUAUUUGCUGAGAUAUAUAUAAUAAUUCAUCGAUCAAUAAUCAGUUUCUUCUUACAUGCAAAGGCCUGUUUUUGUUAUUGA